AUGGAGGCCAUCAAGUCUGCUCUGAACGUCGACUCCAGCAAGGUCGCCGCGACCGAACCCUCGGCCGAGCAAUUCGCCCAGCUGAGGGAAAAGUACGCCAAGGCAGGACAGGACCACGUCUUUACCUUCUACGACGACCUCCCUACCUCCGAAAAAUCCACCCUCUUCCAGCAGCUGUCUGGCUUCGACCCCGAACAUAUCAACAAGAUCACUGACCGCGCCCUGAACCCCCCCAAGACCGAUGACGCCUCCGCCCAGUCUGGCCUCGAGCCAUUGCCCGAGUCUGCUACUGCCAGUAUUCUUGACUCAAAGCCUGAAGACAUUGAGAAGUGGUACCAGUCUGGUCUUGAUCUGAUCGGUCAGAACAAGGUGGCCGUUGUGCUGAUGGCAGGCGGUCAGGGAACCAGACUGGGCAGCUCCGCUCCCAAAGGCUGCUACGACAUCGGCCUUCCCAGCCACAAGUCACUCUUCCAGAUCCAGGCCGAGCGAAUUCGCAAGGUACAGGAGCUCGCGGCCAAGAAGGCCGGCAACAGCAGUGCUGUCGUCCCUUGGUACGUCAUGACAUCCGGUCCCACUCGUGGUCCCACGGAGAAGUACUUCCAGGAGAACAACUACUUUGGUCUUGACAAGACCAAUGUCUUUAUCUUCGAGCAGGGCGUUCUGCCCUGUAUCUCCAACGACGGCAAGAUUCUGCUCGAGUCCAAGGCCAAGGUCGCCGUUGCCCCGGACGGAAACGGAGGUAUCUACCAGGCGCUUGUCGUCUCGGACGUGAUGGGCGACAUGCGCAAGAGGGGCAUCGAGCACAUCCACGCCUAUUGCGUCGACAACUGCCUAGUCAAGGUCGCCGACCCCGUCUUCAUCGGCUUCUCUGCCUCCAAGAACGUCGACAUCACUACCAAGGUCGUGCGCAAGCGUAAUGCUACCGAGUCGGUUGGUCUGAUUCUGCUCAAGAACGGCAAGCCCGACGUCGUUGAGUACUCCGAGAUUGACAAAGAAACUGCCGAAGCCCAAGACCCCAAGCAGCCCGGCAUCCUCAAGUUUCGCGCCGCCAACAUUGUCAACCACUACUACUCGUUCCGUUUUCUCGAGAGCAUCCCCCAAUGGGCGCACAAGCUGCCCCACCACAUUGCGCGCAAGAAGAUUCCCUAUGCCGAUCUCAAGUCUGGCGAGACGGUCAAGCCUGAAAAGCCAAACGGCAUCAAGCUGGAGCAGUUCGUCUUUGACGUCUUCCCCAUGUUGGAGCUCAGCAAGUUUGCUUCCAUGGAGGUGAGGCGUGAAGAUGAAUUCUCGCCGCUCAAGAACGCACGCGGCACGGGUGAGGAUGACCCCGACACCAGCAAGCGCGACAUCAUGCUCCAGGGCAAGCGCUGGCUCGAGGCUGCCGGCGCCACCGUCACCGGCGAGACCACCGAGGUCGGCGUCGAGGUUUCUCCCCUCUUCAGCUACGGCGGUGAGGGAUUGGAAAAGUUUAGCGGCAAGGAAGUUAAGGCCCCUGCUGUUUUGGAGAUUGAGUAG